ACAAACAGAAGAGAAAAAAAGGCUUCAGUCUCCAAUAAGUCUCAGCAAUAGAACAAAGUUUCUCAUCACUACCAAACAGAUUUUCCCCCAAACAUAUUUGAAAAUGGGUGCGUUUUGUAGUCAUUUUUAUUUUGUAGUUCAGAUGGUUGGAAUGACGUCACAUCCCCUUAGCAUCUUGGUUUAAGAAAAUAAAAUAAAAUUUAUACUUUAAAACGAACCUUGCAAUUUCUUGUCUGAAACUGUAAUUUUACAUUUGUGUCAUUUUUAAUAAACAUGGUUUUAGUUUUGAAUCCUUUUUGUUUUACGUUCCUGUCGUGACCCGGAAGUAAGCAGAACAAGGCCGCGCUAGCAUGCUAGCUGCGUUAGCUUGUGCUGAAACGAAGGCGGUGUUUUGUUCGGACGUGUGUGAGAUUUCUACAGACAUGUAUCGAUACGUGAUUCGAUUCCAAGCGAUCACAUUUAGCCAAAGUGUCGUAAAUGAGUGAAUACGUGUUGAACGUAAAGACAACGUGGCUGUGAUUGUGAGACUAGCAGAUGAUCGGAGCUGCUGCUGUUCAGAGGACUUUGGUGUUUGUUGGAGCUGAAGAUCUUCUGCAGCUGCAGGAACCAUGUCUUCAUUUGCUCAGAAAGAUUCUGUCAGAGAACAACUUUCUGCUGCUGAAGAAACCUUCAGACUCUGUGAAGGAACCAUCGUCCAGAAUGAGAAUGAGGAGCUCUGUGGUCAGCGCAGACUGCUGGAUAUCACCUGGAACCCGCAGCUUCAGCUCCACAUUGCAGUCCUCCCCCAGCAUUUGGUGACUGAAGAGGAAGAUCUCUGCAACCAGCAGAGGAACUUCAGAGAGGAACAAGAGAAUCUAGAACCUCCACAGACUAAAGAGGAACUGAAGGAACCAGAACCUCAGCAGAUUGAAAUGAAACAGGAGGAAACAGAAACUCCACAGAUCAAAGAGGAACAGGAGAAACCAGAACCUCUACAGAUUAAAGAGGAACAGGAGAAACAAGAAUCUCCACAGACUGACCAAGAACAGGAAAAACAAGAAUCUCCACAGACCGAAGAGGAACAGGAGAAACCAGAACCUCCAUGGGUUAAAGCGGAGCAAGAACUCAUCUGCAUUAGUCAGGAUGAAGAGCAACUUGAUCUAAAGCAGGAGAUUGAUACCUUGAUGGAGAUUCCUUCUUAUGAGGAAAAUACUCGCAGUGAAGCAGAUCUAAACAAACAGAAGAGCUUCAGUGUAACUGAGAGUGAGGAUGAAGAAGGAAACCAACAUGAAGAAUCAACAUCAACUACAGAUGGAGAGACAGACCCACAGAACAAAGAUCAGAGGAAGAGAAGAGACAGAAGUCAUGUCCAAAGUGUGGCCAGCUCUCACAUGUCAGAAAGUCCGUGUGACUCUGAUGUUGGAAAAAAAUCCAAGAAGGAAACUUCAGAAGAGAAGCGCAAACCAUCUCCAAAAGAAAAGAGACUUUCCUCUGUUAAGUCUGGUAAAGGAAAAAUAAUUGCAAACAAUGUGUCUGCCCACAUGAGAGCUGAGUCUGAUGGAAGACCCUAUGUCUGUGAAGAAUGUGGUAGAAGCUUUGCUUAUCUGUCCCAAUUAACAACUCAUUUGAGAACUCACACAAAAGAGAAGCCUUUUUGUUGUCAAGAAUGUGAUAAAAGUUUUAGUCAGAUAUGUACUCUCAAAAGACACAUGAGAACUCAUACAGGAGAGAAACCUUUUUGUUGUCAAAAAUGUGAUAAAAGUUUUAGUCUGAUAACUACUCUUACAAGACACAUGAGAAUUCACAACGGAGAAAACCCUCUUUGUUGUCAUGAAUGUGAUAUGAGUUUUAGUGGAAUAUCUAGUCUUAAAUCACACAUGAGAACUCACAUAGGAGAGAAGCCUUUUUGUUGUCAAGAAUGUGAUAAAAGUUUUAGUUAUAUAUCUCAACUCAAAACACACAUGAGAACUCACACAGGAGAGAAGCCUUUUUUUUGUCAAGAAUGCGAUAAAAGUUUUACUCGGAUGUAUAAUCUAGAAAGACACAUGAGAAUUCAUACCGGAGAAAAGCCUUUUUUUUGUCAAGAAUGUGAUAAAGGUUUUAGUCAAAUAUCUAGUCUUAAGUCACACAUGAGAACUCAUACUAGAGACAAGCCUUUUGGUUGUCAAGAAUGUGAUAAAAGUUUUAGUUAUUUGUCUCAUCUCAAAACACACAUGAGAACCCACACGGGAGAGAAACCUUACUAUUGUCAAGAAUGUGAUAAAAGUUUUUUUCAAAUAUCUAGUCUUAAGUCACACAUGAGAAGUCAUACAGGAGAGAAGCCUUUUGGUUGUCAAAAAUGUGAUAAAAGUUUUAGUCAUAUGUCUCAUCUCAAAACACACAUGAGAACCCACACAGGAGAGAAGCCUUUUUCUUGUAAAGAAUGUGAUAGAAGGUUUCUCCAUGCAUCUAGUCACAAAAGGCACAUGAGAACUCAUACUGGAGAGAAGCCUUUUUACUGUCAAGAAUGUGAUAAAAGUUUUAGUCUGAUGUGUACUCUCAAAAGACACAUAAGAACUCAUACAGGAGAGACUCUUUUGUCUUGUAAAGAAUGUGACAAACAUUUUUGUAAUGCAUUUAGCCUCAAAAGGCACAUAAGAACUCACAAAAAAGAGGAGCCUUUUCUUGAGAAAAAUGUCAGAGUUAAGUGAAAAUGGGAUGCAGUAAUUAGAUUAGAAGGAGGCAGAAGUGAGUAUCCAAUGCAUAAAAUUUAGCAGUUUUCUGAAGUCUGACUUUUGAAGUGAGAACAUUUUUUUAAAUUAUUUUUGUAAUAUAAUAAUCACGUUUUCUAAGACAAAUCUUGAGUUUCAUUAUCAAUCAGCCACAAUCCUCAAAAUGAUACAUUUAUAUCUGUAUAAUAAUUCUUUACCAUAUGAGCUUUAUUGUUUUGUUGAACUUUUCCAUGAAAUUCAUUUUUUUGGGUGUAUCAUAAGAGUUAAAUCUUCAGAUCUUGAAUGACUUUUACCGGUUUUGAAGGUACCAUCACUUUUUGUACUGACAUUGUUUAUGGAUUUGAUUUUUAAAGAAACAAAUGCAUUGCUCUAUUUUUGUUGGUCUUAUUUGUAGAUUUUGUUAGAUUUUUUUUUAUUACCAUUUCUUUGUUUUAGAGUUGUUGCGUUGACCUUUCUGAUUGUAGUUUAUGCUGAGACAUUGGGUAUGUUGUCUAAACCUGUGUGUUACUAUGACCACACUAGAAAUAAAUAUAAAUGCUUGUUUAUUUUUUAAAAGUUUCACGUGACAUUUAAUUCUUUCAUUAUUAUUUUAAACAAACUGUUACAUCCUGCUGCACCUUUUUCCAUCAAGACCUUUGGCUCACUCGCAAGUGUGGCCAAUGUGCUUUAAUCCUUCCGCUCUCCUUGGCUUGUUUACGUUAAAAGUGGGGUCAUCUGGACCCCACAAGACAGUGCGCUUAACUUUUUUUUAGAAUUUAUUUUUGAGUUUCACUAAUGUCCAUGGUAGACAUAAAAUCCUGUCCACUUUUGUCCACAUUUGUCAUGGAAGCAAUCACACAUCAAUAUUUGGGUGGAGUCAUCUGGACCCCAAAGAGAGCUGAAGGGUUAAUUGCUGCCUGGUGUCUACUUAAGACCGAGGAGGCCACACCAAGCCAGGCAGGGAGCAGAGCCUCAGGCUGGGUUUUAGUUGGUGUGAUGCUGGUUUGUUUUCUUCUUUUACCUUUUUGUCCUCAGCAAACUUAGAUUGCUGGGUGUUAUUAUGUUAGUUUGGGGUUGGACCUUAGUAGCUCUGGGGUUUGUUUUGAGAAGCAGGUUUUGUUGAAACUCUUGAGUUUGUGAACUUCAAAUUCAGGAAAACUCUGAGUUUCCGGUCUCAGAAAUGGAGAUAACUUAAACCUGUGAAACUGGGUAAAAUCGAACCUGUUUCAUGAAGCGGGAUUCACUGAACUCAGAAUCAAUCACUAUGGCAACUGACUGUGAUCAUAACCUGGUUUGGAGCAGGUUUCAUUCAGGAAGCCUCGUUUCCACUGAGCAGUCUGGUACGGUGCGGUCUGGUAAGGAGUAGUAUGGUACGGACCAGUUAAUUCUGGCGAGUGUUUCCACUCAGCUGAGCCACGCGCAGACAGGGCAGUUUCUUUUGAUUGCGCAUGCAUGCUGUAGACCACAGGUGUCGAACUCCAGGCCUCAAGGGCCGGUGUCCUACAUGUUUUCCAACCAACCUGCCUUUGAAGCUCCUUAUUGGCCAAACACACCUGAUUCAGGUAAUCAGCAGCAGAUGAGGCAGGAUUUCUGGAAAACCAGUAGGACGUCGGCCCUCAAGGACUUGAGUUUGACACCCCUGCUGUAGACCAAUAGCGUGUCAUUGCAUCACUGUCAUACUUCAUCCACCUGCUCGUCUUUUUCUUGCUUUGCUUUUUGUACAUUGCAUAAGCUUUACAGUGUUCUCACCUCAUUCCCAGGAGUUAGGGACCAGAGAACUACGCAAAUCCACAGAGAACCCCCAGUCUCUGUCAUCUCUGAUCUACAGUCAUCAAAAACACUUCUGAUCAUGCUUUGUAAAUAUUUAUUAAAGAACAUUGGAGAAUUGCUCAACAUGUUUUUUUCUAAUAUCCAGAACCAACAGACUGCAAACUUUUCAUGAGGACUGUCA